CUCACUUUAAACUUCCCGGGUGUAACCGCAUCACUUGCUACAACUCUGUCUUCCUCCGCCGGGCCGCGCUCCCUCCUACACACACGGACUACUUUGCGCGGAGGAAUGCGGCUCGGUUGCCAGGAGGCAGUGUGACCAGUUGGAGACGGGAAGUAGUACCAGCGCUUUAAUGCAGGAGCGGGCUACAGAUACAGGCCGCCUCGGCAAGAUGGCAAGAGUGGGCGGCUUCGGGCUGCGACAAUAAACUAAUCCCCGACUCCAUGGAGAAAUCGAGAAUGGAGUGUGUGGCGCUGCCGCCGACGUGGAAGGAGAAGCCAGAGACACCGCUUGCCAAGCAGCAGCCAUGAGGGAAAACAUGGAGGAAUCUGUGUCUCCAAAUUCCUCGGCAUCCAUUUCCUCGCUCCUGGCUAGUUGUAGCCUUAGCGGCACGGGCCGUUUCUCUCGCUCGCGCCAAUCUGUAAGGUACAAGGACAGACUGUAUGAUUCCGCCAGCAGGGCCCUGGAGGACUAUAUCAGGGACUAUGAGGAAGGGCUGCAGGCCACAGGAACCAAAGCUGGAAAGACCGCCGGCUGUGCCCGCUUAAACCAGUCUGUUAAAGAAAGAGAGUUGCAGGACCAGCUCUCCGUGUCAAGGAGACAACCUCGCGCGAGAGACCCAGAUCUACUGAGCCUCACCACGGAUGAUUUGCUCUCUUUCCCGUCAGAUGGAUACUUACCCCUGUACCGGACUUACCAGUCUGAGCACAAACAAAGUAGAAACUGUAGAACACUUUACGGAUCUUCUUUAAGAAAGCAAAAGUCGUCCCAGACUCUAUCGGCCUACAGCAAGCGGCAGCCACAUCUGUUGGACCUUGAGACCUACAGGGAUAUUGCCAACCAUUCCCACAAAGAAGGACAUGGUGGAGACUAUAGUAGACAUGUUGCUGCCAGGAAAAACAAAGCCGCAGUAAUACCGUCACCUCUGGGGCCUGCAAAGGAUUAUCCAAGAUGGCUGACCAGCCAUAAGUCUGAGCUGGAUGUUUCUGGCAUAACCAGCGUUCCUGAAGUGAAAUAUCCGGUGUGGCUGAAGAACCACGGCCUCCUUUCUGAUGCAGACAGUCAACUUAGCCUUGAAAGAGCAAAGUCCCACCAAGAUGUUUUAUUGUCGGGAAGGAAUAAAAGACUUAAUGGGGCAGGAACUUGCUCGUACAAACCAACUCAUGUUUCCUACAGUGACGAUGAAGGAUUUAUCAAGCUUAAAGAAAGCAAUCGCGUGAUUGGUCACCUAAAAACACCUCUGAAGAGUGACAGUAUUGAUUUGCUUCUACAGAAAUCUGAAGAUGCCGACAUUUCCCAGACAGAGGUUUCGAGCCCUCUGCACUUUCAAGGGAGCCCUCAGACUGAAGAAAUCCUCGAGGCUGAAAGAUCGUGGGAAAAUAAUCCCUAUCCAGUAAAACCUCCUGUGCCGGUGAUUUGCCAAGACAGCGAUCUGGGGAUUUUCUCACAAUCCAAAUCUGUUGAAGAUAUCGCUGGGCUCCUGACAAAAGACUACAAAUCCUUCAGGCCUUCGGCGAGUACUUUCUCCGGAGGAAAUCACCACGGGCCGGUGGAAGCACUGAAACACAUGCUGUACAAUCUCCAGGCGUUCCAGCACAGUUUCACCCAGGGAAAAACCACAGACGAAAUAAAGGAAAUUAAUAAAGUUUCCAAAGAAGCUGGUGAAGAUUUACGGCACCUCGACCAAGAAAUGUUCCCGGUCAAUAAGUCACUGCAGAAGGCGCUGCACCAUUUAGCCAGACUGAAGGAACUGGUGGGCGAUACCAGCAUGGAACAAUAUAAGGAGAAGAAUGGAGAAUCAUGACGGGUUUUUGUAUUUAAAUACGAAGUUAACUAAUAAGUUGCAAUAUAUAUUUAUAAUUUUUUUUAUUUAACAUACAGAUGUUUACAUUUAUUAAUCACUGAAGGCCUAUGAACAUAUCUAUAUUUACAUUAUUAUGUUGAAUUUGUCAUUUUGCCUAAUAUUUGAGAUUGGCGUGCCUUAUUAAAGUGAAGAACGCAAA